AUGAAGUUUUUCUCAACUAUCCUCGAGGCCCUCGCCCACCAUGCCCUGGAGACUCCUGAUAAGGUCGUCUUUACUUGGGUGGACAUCAAGUGCAAAGAACAGAACAAGAUGACGUUCCAACAGUUGGAGGACGAAUCCAAUGCCGUGGCUGCUCGUCUCCUCAAGCUUGGAUGCAAAAAAGGAGACCGUGUCAUGAUUGCCUAUCCCUUUGGUCUCGAGUUCUUGGCCGGCAUGUUUGGAGCCAUGAAGGUUGGGCUCAUCCCAUGUUCCAUUUAUCCACCCAAUCCCAACCAGCUGAAGACUGAUAUGCCAAAGUUCCGCAGAUUUGCGGAGGAUGCCGGAGCCAAGUACGCCCUAAGCACCAGUAUCUUUGCUACUGCCAUGACCGCAGCAAGUGUCCUCUACAAGACUGGUGUUCCGUGGAUUGGAACAGACAAACUCUCAAUUAAGAAGAGCAACCCCAAAAAGCCCAAAGAGUACGAGACAUUUGUGGGAGAGCCAAAAGACAUUUGUUUCAUCCAGUACACCUCUGGCAGUACUGGACGCCCCAAAGGAGUCAUGAUCAGUCACAACAACCUGGUGGAAGACAUUUGGGCCAUUUCACGAGUAUUAGGCACAAACGCUGUGGGAGCCUUGUGGCUACCACAAUAUCACGACAUGGGACUUGUGUCGGGGUUUAUGAGUGCUAUCUAUGCCGGAGUUCAUGUCAUCAUGGCAUCACCUAUCGACUUUAUCAUGAGGCCACUGUUGUGGACUGAUAUGGUAGAGAUCUACCAAGCCACUCAUACUUCUGCUCCCAACUUUGCCUAUGCAUUGCUACUGAAACGGUUGAAACAGGCCAACAGAAAAGCCAACUGGAGUCAUGUCACACAUGCUAUGUUUGCUGCGGAACCAACCCAAGAACAUGUAGUGGAGGAGUUGGCACAAACCCUUUCUAUCAAACGAGAACAUGUCUACAACCUCUAUGGUCUGGCCGAGGCUGUUGUGUUUCUGACCGGAGGACCUGCCUACCCAGAUUCUGAUGGGGUUGUUUGCUGCGGUCCAGUAGACUCCCCAUCUGUCAAGCUUCGAAUUGUCCAGGAUGGAAAGGAGGUUGAAGAAGGACAAGUUGGGACCAUCUGGGUCCAGUCUCCUUGUGUGGCAUCUGGGUACUAUGGCCAGUCAGAGCUGACUGCCUCUACCUUUGCCAACAAUUUGCCUGGCUAUGAUGGCACCUGGCUAGACACUGGUGAUUUGGGGAGAGUUGUGGAUGGGCAGCUCUAUGUCACUGGAAGAAGCAAAGAUCUUAUCAUCAUCAAUGGAAAGAACCACUAUCCAACAGACGUGGAGCUGUCAAUUGAUGAAACUUUUGGAGAUGUGAUCCGCCCAGGAAGGACCAGUGCUUUCCAGCAUGGUGAUGCAAGUGUUGGUAUUACUGUGGAGGGCCGUAAAGGUUUUUACACGUCAGAUAAUGAAGACUUGGCUGUUCAAAUUGCCAACCAUGUAUCCCAGGUCCAGGGGCUGUUUGCCUCAGAGGUAGUGGUCCUAAAAUUGGGUGUGACACCAAAAACCACCUCUGGCAAGCUGAAGCGAAGUGAGAUUAGGCAGACAACGAUUGCUGGUGACUGGAAAGAAUCUUCCAUACUACUUCAAUUCAAGAGACAGGAAUCUCUUACUCCUCUUCAAAAGAGCCAACGUCCCUCAUUCCUUGAGAGAAGCUUUUCAAUGCGUGGCAUUGGAAGCAAUGAGUUUUAUCUGAAUGAAGAAACCGAACAUGAAAUUGUGAGGCAAUCAAUGAGUACUGGAAAAUGCAGCUUUGAGGAGUGUCCUGAUAUUGACCUUAACCAAACAAAUACACUCCCCAGCAAAGCUGUGGAAGCUGUUCAUGCUGUAGAGUGCAACCCUAACAAGCUGGAGGAGUACUUCUCUGAGCUUCAUCUUUCUGGGGUCUCUGGCAUUGACGAGGCUUGGUCAAAGGCAACGAAGACAACAGCUGCAAUGCAAGCCAUGUGCUCCCAAAUAUUGAAGCAUCUUGAGGACAAGCACCCAACCAUCUGCCAGCUUGCUGACACCUUAUGUGAAAAUCCAGACUGGAUUUUGAUUGAUGACAGGAAAGAUUUCCUUUUGCAGCUUGUGCACCAAAUUUUUGUCCUUCAAUGGGUGACAACCUUCAUGAUGUUUAACACGAAGUGCAUUCAACAGAAGUUGCAGAAUGAUGCUGAGUGGGAAAAGACGCAUGAGACUACUCAAACAGUCCCAACCGAGCUACAAGAGAUGCUUGACCUUCCAGAAAAAGACCCUAUGUAUGGGGAAUUGCCUUUCUUUACUUGGAUAAAGAACAGGUCAGUGCGUGGACUACUGAACCUUAUCGUACAGAGUUUGAUAUCAGCUCAAGGCCCAACCAGCAAUGCACAGGUUGAAAGAAUCAACAGCCUCCUGUGUCUAAACAUGUUAGAGGCUAUUUGGCUCGAGCAAAAAGAUGGACACAAUGAAAAUUCAGAAGUUGGUAGGAGACUUGCUACAAAUCUUGUAAAGACAGUCACAACUCAAUCCAACCAGGUUUUGAUGGAGCUUUCAUCCAAUACAAGUGCUGCGAAUAACCUGUACAUUGAUUGGAAUAUGCAUUUUGUUGCCUGGGCCGGAGACAGAAAUUCUUCCAGCUGGAUGUUGUCGAAAUUGUUGCUACCUUGUGUCAUUGGAGAUGUCAAUGCACAUUUCUUCUAUGCAAGGUUGAUUAGUCUGCACCUAGUUACACAGGCCAUGGGAAGGAAUCUGAUGUCGAACAAGUUUCAGAAUGAACCAAUCUUGUCAAGAAGAGCAUUGCAUUAUUUUGGGAAGCUGAACCUCUCCUGUGCAGAAAAGUGUGGAUACGUCCGAUUGGAACCAGAGAGCAAACAUCACCUUGCUCUUGAUGAACAUUUCUGGCUGUCCAAGUUUGACCAGUGGGGGUUGGCAAACCUUCCAGCAAAGACAAGCACUGCAGACCCCAUGUUGCAUGAUACUGCAGUUUCUGGAGCUACAGUUCCAGAUUAUUUCUCCGUCAGAUAUGUCAAUGUAAUCAUGUCUGUCUUUGGAUCACAUGUCGAUACAUCCAAGACUUGGGCUGAAAAUGGACUCACAUCUCUCAAGGGUGCCGAGCUGAGGAACAAGGUUGAAGAAGUGUUACAUGUGGUGCUCCCUGCCAACUUUGAACAGCUCUACCCAACACCUGAGGCACUUUCAGUUUUCUUGGCAGUCUCAGAGGGCAAGAGCUUUCCCAUUGAUCAAGCUGGUGCCCAUGCUGAUGUUCUUUGGGACACAUCAAGAUCAAAGCUCAUCAAACUACAACUUGGCAUCCUUCAGACUCCUGGAUCCCUUCUGAUUCUUCUUGUGCCAUUGAUGUCACUUGUUCCGUCAUACUUUCUUGUCUCCUCGGUAAUGGACCUUUGUGACCCAGGAAAAGUUGGAGAGUGCAAUGACCCAUUGGUUUGGGUACUCUUGCCUAUGACUUUCCCUCUGUUUCUCCUAUGCUUCUCCCUCAUAGUGGUAUUCUUGAAGUAUGCUGUUGUUGGGAAGUACCGACAACAACAAUUUGAGAUCCAAUCCUGGGAUUAUCUUCGCUGGUGGUUCAUGGACAGGCUCACUGAAGUCUGGGAGUUUAUUGUGGGACCAUUUGUUCUUGAAACAAAGUACAUUUGGCUCUUCUACUGGCUUCUUGGAGCAGACCUGGCUUGGUCCUCCAAGAUUGAAUCUUACAUCCGUGAAUAUGAUCUGGUCAAAGUGGGGGAGAAUGCCACUAUUGGGUAUCCCAUCAAAUGCAGAAAAUUCUCUCAGUCUGAAGAAUCAAGCGCCAUAAUCACCUUCCGUCCAAUUGAUGUUGGAAGCAGCAGCAAUGUGUCUGGCAUGAUCAGCCCUGGAGCCAAGAUCGGAGAUGGAAGCAAAGUAGAGAAGUUGUCUGUUGUUGAAGAAGGUGCUCAGGUUCCAGAAGCGGUACUUGCCAGGGGGAACCCAGCAUACAAUGCUGGCACGACCAGUCAUCAAGAAUCAAGCUCUUUUGAAGAAUCUAUGUUUGAUUUCUUCAAAGUGGCUUGGACAAUCAUUGAAGCCUAUCACUUCUUUUCCCUGUCCUAUUUGGUCCAUGUCACACUCAACCAAAUCUUGCCCAGUUGGCGCUAUGAAGUUAUCCUCCAUUGGAUCUUGCUUUUUCCAGCCUCCUCUUUCCUUGCCCUUCUGACAAGCAUUAUUCUCAAGUGGACUCUAAUUGGAAGAAGGGAUCCAUCGGAUCAAUAUGAGGCAUCACUCUAUCAUCGAGCAACCAACUGGGCCUGUGACUUCCACUUCCGUGUGGCUUCUUGGACACUGACUCCCUUCUUUGGCCAGUCCAGACUCUGGAACAUCAUCCUUUUCUUCCAUGGGCUUGAUGUUGAUAUGGAUUCAAUCCUCAACAACCCAUACAUCAUCUUCUUCCCCUCCAAGGUUGAUUUUUUGAAGAUCCGGAAAUCAUUUGUUGGCACAAUUACCCUGGAUAUGACCACCCCAGCAGACUCAAAGAUUGAACUCAUUAAUAGCAGUGUUGGAUAUGGUGUCAAUGUUCAUGCUGGUGUCAAAGUGAUGCGAUCAACAAUCCCUCCAAGGUCCAAUGUUUCUGAUAGUGUCUACGAUUUGAAUCAUUCUGGCAAGGCAUGGAAGCCCAGCAGUUCUGCCUUACUCCUUCCAGAAGUGACACAACUUCUAUUGAAUAUUGCCAUUUUUGUGUCACUCAUACCAGCCUUUGAGGUUGGCAUUGCCGCUUUGAAAAGCUCCUCCACAGUCAUCACCAUGUUUGGUUUGACGGGAGCCUUUUCCCUGCAGCUAUUUGUUUGGGUCAUCUCGACAAGAGCAGUUGAGGGCUUGAUGCUGAGUCUGCCUCACACUGUUCAGCAAGAUGUUUUUGGAAUCUACAUCAACAAUGUAUGGAUGUUUGGAGUUGGGAACUGGCUUGUAAUCCUUCUCUAUGGUACACCCAUGUUUGCCUACUAUGCUCGAUUCAUGGGGGCUGAUGUGGAAGGUGACCUCUGGUACUUUGGAAAUUCUCUGUAUGAGUAUGGUAAACUGCACUUCAAAGGCUGCGUCAUUGUUGACAGUGCCCAUGUUAGUGGACACUACAUUGAUGGCAAUGGGCUUGUCAUUGCUGACACAUAUGUAUCUGGAUUGUUGCAUCCAGGAUGUUAUGCCUCUGCUGGGUCUGUAGUCACAGGAAAUGAGAAUGGCCCUUGGAAGGUGUUCUUGAGGAGUGAUUUGGGAAUGCAGGAUUUGAACCAUGUUCUGAAAGAGUCACGCCAGGGUAGCACUGACAACCUGAUUGACAGUCGCCAGGAUGAGGUGCUCUGGCCCAAGAGUUUGAAGUGUAGUUCAUCUUUGCAUCUAGUAUGA